CGCGCAAGCGCCGAUUCGUCCCGCGCGUGUUCCCAUUCUUCGCAUUACGCAUGCUUAGCCCGACGGCGGGAGAAAUCUCCCGCCGGAAGUUCUCGAAGGGGCGCCACCAUAGAGCGCAACCCACCCUCCGGUCGGGCUAGAGGUACCCCGUUUCCGCUCCCCCGGCGGAUCGUGGGAGGCCAUUUUAGGUCCCUUUGGGGGCAGCCGCGAGUCCGAUUUGGCUCGGUCACGAGCACCCGGGCUGAAUCGGGAGCAGCUGCCUACUGGGGCCGAGGCCUGGGUUUCCCGGCAACUGGCCCGUUCCCGGGACCCCGGCUGAAGAAAUACUGCUAAGUCUUGGAAAAAGCAACUUCUUCUUAUCAUGGCCAGCAGCCCUGAUGAAGAUCCAGGAGAGAGCAGAAUUGUGUAUGUGAAAGGGGACCUUUUUGCAUGCCCCCAAACAGACUCAUUGGCCCACUGCAUCAGUGAGGAUUGUCGAAUGGGUGCUGGGAUAGCUGUUCACUUCAAAAAGAAGUUUGGAGGGGUGCAGGAGCUCUUGAAUCAACAAAAGAAAUCUGGAGAAGUGGCAGUGCUAAAAAGAGAUGAAAGAUAUGUAUACUAUCUGAUUACAAAGAAGAGGGCUUCUCAUAAACCAACUUAUGAGAACUUGCAGAAGAGUCUAGAGGCCAUGAAAACCCAUUGUCUGAAAAAUGGGGUGACUGACCUUUCCAUGCCUAGGAUUGGAUGUGGUCUUGAUCGGCUACAGUGGGAGAAAGUGUCUGCAAUGAUUGAAGAGGUGUUUGAGGGCACAGACAUCCGGAUUACUGUAUAUACUCUCUGAACAGAUGGACCUUGUGGAUGUGUCCAUGUCUCUCAUCUCACCCCCACCAAGCCCAGAGAACUGGGACAGGAGAUCUUAAAUUGAACAGGGAAAAGUUUUAUUUGAAGUAGUCUCUCUCUCUCUCUCUCUCUUACACCGGCCAAAUUCAAGUUGCCGUUGUUUGGAUGGCCUUUUGGAGGCUAGAGUGUUUCAGAUAUGUUGUUGUUUUGUUCAAAUGAGAGUGAGAAUCUGAUGGUCUUUUAGAUGGGAAAAUGCUGGGUGAUAUUAUAAUAGGGUGAACACCCAUUGGUGAAUAUCAUUGGUUUGUUCAGCUGGCCACUAAGUGGCAGCAUUGACUCUGCUUCUCUUUAAGGAGAGCACUUUCAGGGAGGAUGAAAGUUUCAGUUGGUUUGGUAUUUCUUUUUGUAUCUACCCCCCCUGAAAUCAUGAUUUGUGCACUUGUUCAGUGUUGUCUUUGUGUUGCCAGAGCAUUCUAGGACAGGUGAAUUAAGGUGUUUUAAAAAAAAAAAAAUUGUAUAACUGAGCUUUAUGUUGUUGAUAGGGGGAAUUCUUUUCUGUUGAAUAAAGUGGGAAAAAAAAAGUAAAGAGCUUUUUCUUGAGUUUUGUAAAAUGAGAUUUUGUGAUUAUGGAUUGUAGCCUACUCUCACUUUAGAGUAAAGAAUCUGAAAGGGUUUUCAGUUCCAUUUUACAGUAGUACCUUAUUCCAAAGCUACUGCAAGGAAUCAUACUCUGAUUUUCAUGAGAAAUUAUAUAACUGAAAUUAAUGAUGAAUCAGGAGCUCUCUCAAUAAGUGACUGAGACUUGAUGUUCUUUACAGCUUUCAUAUUUUUGCUGUCUUUCUAUAUCUGAGGAAUAUCUUUAUAAUGACAUGAGCAAAACUGACUUCUCCAUGUGAUAGUUUCAUUCUUCCUUCUUUUAUUUUUAUUUUACAUAUUACCAACCAGAUAUUUCAUCUCACCAGUGGUAGAAUACCAUGUGUGAUGUUAUUUAUUACUUGAAGUAAGUGCUAGUUAGUCUCAGGUAGCCCACUCCUAGAAAGAAUCAACAUGCCUGGCUAUUUUAAAGGCUCAUAAGGGAAAAGCGGAAAAUUGCUACAUAUUCCAGUGGUAGUCUGUUCCCUUCAUUAGUUUCAUCCUGUACUAUCAAACCUAUUUGUGGCUAGGGAGAAAGUGUUGUAUCUAUUUUAUUUAUUUCAUUUUUAGAUGAGCAUAACAAGCUCAUAAUAUUUAAAAUGAGUAUCUCUCAGAACUAUGGUAUUAUAAAAGCUAGAACUACAUGUUUUCUUCCUAUAUUUUUGUGCUAAGGAUUAGAAUAGCUAGACUGCUUAUUGACUUUUUUUUUCCCCAUAGUGAAUUCUCAACACAACAUAAGACCUCUUGAGCUAUACUUCUAUGUAGAAAAAUAUGUGAAAGUUAUAAGGGUUAUGUAUCUUGGUAAAGCACUUUAAAUCUGCCUUUGAAUGUAACCUUUGUACUUUAGACCUGUGUCUGGCUUAUCACUUCAUUCCGAUAAGAAAAAGCAAUUUCAAUAACUAUUCAGCUUCAUUUGUAUCUAUACAUAGAUGUUAGGGCUCCCCUGUGUAAUGUGUCUGCAUUAGACUCUGGCCUUCAAAGCUAGAGAGGCCCACGAUUGCACAUAGUUGUACUCAGCACUAUUAAGUACAAGAUUUUCCCUGAAAUCCUACAUCUGUCAUUUUUAAAGAGCUGAGGGUUCAUUUUUGCAUUUGGGUUUUUGCCUCUAAACUUAACAUUUACUCUCAGUCAAUAUGGCCUGGGCAUGAAUGAAGUCAAGAAAAGUGGUAUGAUAAAAUGCUUUGCCAUUUGCAAAUAGUACUUGGGUCAGAUUCCUGUGGCUUAUCAGACUUGAAGAAUGGAUAAAGGAGACCGGAUCCUGAUUUCAAAAUGAGGAAUAUUUUUCCUGGAAACCUGGCCAAGGUUUAGGAACACACAAAUUUACAUAGUUUAUUUUUUACUGGUUUUCUGGUCCUGGAGAAAUGGGAAUUGUGAUGUUGAUUUUCACGUGUUAAUCUAGUCCAUAAAUGAUUUAAUUUGAAUCUCACUGUGGGAAUUCCAGCCCUCUUCUUUUUGGAAUCAGAAAGUCAGCUGCUUAAUCAUUAUGGUAAUUAGGCUUUGGAUUCCUCUUUAGAGAUCCAGGUUUCACUUUGCUUUUGUUUCAUAUCUGAAGAAGGAGAAGAUUGGGGGAAGCAAGAGAAUUUAAUAAGAUAAUUGUAUCCAGAA